CGCAUUGAAGACAUAACCAAGAAGACCUGGGGAAAAAGACUAGAGACACUGGUGUCGAAUGCCUUUCUCCACAUCGAAGCUGAAGACAAGAUUGCCAAAGACAAAUCAAGCAGUUGACUAAGAACUCAAGAGAAGGAAAUUUCAAAGCUUGCCAUGAAGUUGCCAGCACUGGAAAACACCAUCAUUCCAAAAUCAGUAUUAACAAAGGAAUCAAGGGAAUGGCAGGCCCAUUGUUCAAAACUUGCUGACUAUCUACAGCCUGGGGAAGGGAAAUGGUGGAAGUGGAUGGAAGAUGGCUCUGUGAUGUUUUUCGAUGCACCUGGAGAGGAUGAUUCAAGGCCAGAAGGCCCAAGCCUCUACCACUACAGGUCGCACACAAUUGAAGGAGUCAAAGACGAGCUCCUCAACACUUGGAACAAAUGCUGUAAGAAACCAAAAAAUCUUCCUAUUUACAAGCUGAGGGAUAAGAAGGGAAAGAUUGUGUACACAAGAAAAGCACAACACACAGGAGAAGAUACUGAAACUACAAGUACACCUGAGGCAGAAGUGAACAUAGACCACCCACAUGAUUUACAUGAUGAUGAAGGUACUGAAACUACAUGUACACUUGAGGCUCUACAUAACACAGAAGUGAACACAGACUACCCACAUGAUUUACAUGAUGAUGCUUGUGCAGCGAAUGAAGCUACUUCAUCCAACAUGCAAUUAGAUACUGACAUGCCUGAUGAAGUAGGAUACCUUCCUAAAAUACCUAACAAAGAAAUAUCACAACCUGAAAUACCAGAAAGAAAGAGAAGGCGUAAUUUAGACAACAUGCCUAGAAAAAAGCUAUGUACAAGUCAUCAGGCUCUUAAAACCAAGACUGCUAAGGCAGUCGAGAUGGUACUUGGCAGAACAAAUGAUGUAGAUGUCUUUGAUAAAAUGAAAUACGAAGUGACAAAAAAUCCUCAAUCAACAUACCACAUAAUGCGCUAUGAAACAUCCUUUGCUAAGGUUCAAGCUCUAGUGCUAAGAGAACAUUCGGAAAUAAAUAAAAAAAUCAAAGAAUUGGACUACCAAAAGAACAAAAACAUCCAAGAACUUCUUCAAAGAAAAAAAAUUGCAAUUCAACUCCUAACCUCAUGGACAUAA